AUGAACGCCAAUGAUACUUCCAAGAAUGACCUUGAGCAGGUCACUGCAGACUAUGUGGCUCUGGAAAGAAGGAUAAAGCAGUUUGAGGUGCAAGUCGUGUUAUCAUCCAUCCUCCCUGUUGAAGGAAAAGGGCCAGAGAACGCACACUUCCGGGUCUCCGCCUGUGAUGUCAUUCAUCUCGUCCAAUCACACAAGGACAGGUCGCUUGGGAGCCAAUCCGAGUGGAGGGAAGUGGGGUUUGUUGCCAUGGCGACAGUAGCCGGGCCUAGGCCCCGGCUGGCGGAGGGACGCAUGGAGGUGAUUCCCCGCGCGCGGGAGCGGGACCUGAGCCGGGGGCUGGAGAGCCUACCCGUGUCGGUGUGGCCGCCGUCCGAGGAACCCCCGGCCUUCCAGUAUAGCCCAGAGCACGUGGCGGGAGCAGGAGAAGACACUGACCCUUCUGAAAUCACUUUUCCAGGAUGUAAUUGUCUUACUGCUUCCUGCGUGGCCAACACUUGUUCGUGUCUUCGCCAUGGUGAAAACUAUAACAGUUCAUGCAUCAAAUAUAUAGGAAGUGAAGUGGACUAUACUAGGCCUAUUUUUGAAUGCAAUGCCAUGUGCCGUUGUGGUGAGUUCUGUCAAAACAGGGUUAUUCAGAGGGGUUUACAAUUCAGACUUGAGGUGUUCAAGACUGUUAAGAAGGGGUGGGGUCUCCGCACACUGGAGUUCAUACCUAAAGGAAGAUUUGUGUGUGAAUAUGCUGGUGAAGUUCUGUGCUUCCGUGAGGCAUGUAGAAGAAUACAGGCACAGACACCAGAGGAUUCAAACUAUAUUAUAGCUGUGAGGGAACACUUGUAUGAUGGACAGAUAAUAGAGACAUUUGUUGAUCCUAUGAAUACAGGAAAUGUAGGCAGGUUCCUGAACCAUUCUUGUGAGCCAAAUUUAUUUAUGGUUCCUGUCCGAAUUGACUCACUGGUGCCCAAACUGGCACUUUUUGCUGCUGCUGCUAUCUCUGCUGGAGAAGAACUUUCAUAUGAUUAUUCUGGAAGAUUUCUUAACGUACCGCUAAUCAAAAGAGAGCAGGAAAUGUUGGAGGAAGAUGAUGUAAUGAAAAAACCCUGUUACUGUGGUGCUAAAUCAUGUGUUGGUUUUUUACCGUAUGAUAGCUCUCUGUGCUAUACACCAGGCAAACAAACUUUUGGCAAAGUUUCUCAAGGAAACAGCUGUGCAUAGGGAUUCAAAAAGAUUGACAUCAGUGAAU